GGAACCAAUAGUCCCAACCCAACAGAACUACACAGAAGAAAGGGUGAAUACACAGAAACAGAUUUGAAUGGACAAGGAGCUUGUGACAAUGAGGAAUCAAAUUAUGCUUUUUGUGCUGUUUCUGUUGAUGACGAGUAAAGUGACCACUGCUGAUUUUGGGAACACUUCAACAACUGAUGGCCCUUCAACAACCCCUGCGACCACUUCAACAACUGAUGGGCCUUCAACAACCCCUGUGAACACUUCAACAACUGAUGGCCCUUUAACAACCCCUGGCCCACUCUAUCCAUUUGGGGCUGGAGACACAGUGAGCUCCCGAUCCGAUGAUGGAAGUUCCCCUCCUAUUACCCUGGAGCAGCCAUUUGUUUAUUUUGGAAAACCGUAUCAACAGAUAUACGUGAACCACAAUGGACAUCUGACCUUCAAGGAAGCAUUUGCCAGUUACACACCAUACCGAUUCCCUGCAUUUUCCUCAAGAAAUCUGAUCGCUCCAUUUUGGACCGAUUUGGACAACAGGUGGAAUGGUACCAUCUCUUACCGGCAGUACAGCAGUGGCAGUGUUCUUCAACAGGCCACACAAGACAUUAAUCAGUACUUCCCAAACCUGGGCUUCUCUGUUAAUUGGGUCUUCGUUGCUACAUGGGAUAAGGUUGCCUACUACAACAAUUUUGGAACAGAAAUCACCUUCCAAGUGGUUCUGAUUGCUGGUGGCCAAUCUUCCUUCAUCCUGAUGAACUAUGGGGAGAUUGCACCAACAACUCAAAAUGUUCAGGCUGGCUAUGACACAGUCAACUCCAUCCACUACUUCUCGAUCCCGGGGUCAUUUCAAAGCAACGACACAACUUUCAGUUACACCAGCAAUGUCAAUGUCGCUGGUCGCUGGGCCUUCCAGACAAAUGCGACCACUUCAACAACUGAUGGCCCUUCAACAACCCCUGAAGACACGUUUUGGCCUUCCUUGGCACUAUCUGGAAUGUUGAGUUGUGCCGGUGGCUUGUGUAAUGCUCCAGCAUCUGAUGAGCCUUUCGCAAUUGAUUACUUCUGCAUAGAUUCCAUUUUUUGUAAAGGACAGGGUUUGUCUGGUUCCGUAUAUAUGCUGAGCACUUUGUUAAUUCUGGUGUUUCUUACCAUUUUAAAUAAUUGAUUCUUACUUUGUCGCAAUCUAUUGGCAGCCAUAGUGCAUGUGCUAUUGAUUCGGGAGAUUGCUCUUUCAAAGUGAAGGCUGGAGUGCCCUGGAAGAACGAGAGUGGGGAAGGAGGGAGCCUGUUGUCUAAUAUUCUAAACAGGAUUGUAUGUGCAGUCGCGCCUUUGAGUUACUCCAGAUCCACUCCCAUUUUCCUUGAGCCCUUCUUCCUGGGUGUUUUAAUGGGCCUAGCUAUUGUAUUGAUUUAUUUGUGUCGAUGGAUAACUUGAAAUAUAUUUACCUAUUCAUUAAA